CCGCAAUAACUUUAUCACUCGCAGUGACAUACGAACUUCAUCGCGAACAAGUUCGGUUUUCGACAAAGGGAAACGGUGAAAGUUUUUCGAAAGUUUCGCGAGUGCGAGUUAUUUUUUAUUGGUUUUUUCGGAGGAUUUUCGACUAAUAAUAAUUAAAAAUGUGGAAUCAAAUGUUGUUAUUGACGAUGCUCCAGUUGCUCUACGUGUCCAGCAGAUCGAUAGAACCUAUAGAAGGGCCGCUAUGGUUAAAUCGUUUGAACGACAUCCUUCAAGAAUCGAAACUCACAGAGGAAUUUAAAAAUUUGGAUGGUGACGAUAACGAUAUGCCUAUAUACUUUAACGACUCAGAGGAAAGUGAUAUAAAUAUCAAAGAAAAGCGAACAUAUUUGUCUUCAUUGAAAUCAUCGUCGGGAAAACGUGCGUUAUCGAUGUUUGCUCGAUGGGGUCCGCUCAAUACGAUUGGCAAAGACCGGAAACCGAUUAGAAGUGGAUAUCCGCCUCAAAGCUUCGAUUCGAUAAGUACGCAAACAAGAGGCCGGAUGCCCGGCCAACCGCUACGAUGGGGCUAAUCUACUAAGAAAAAAAAAAAAAAAGACUAAAUAAAUAGGAAAAAUGACACAACAUACCAAAAAGGCUUGUUACAACUUUUUGUAUAACCAUCAUUAGACAUAAUUUUGUGCUUAUGUGAUCGUCAACUGAUGUAAAAAUGGAUUUUAUAAUUUAAUUCCAUUUGAAACUAAACUUCCUUUAAAGCAAUAAGUAAGAUCUUAUUAUUCAACAUCACUGAUGACGAUCAUAGAUUGCGGAGCCCUGCGCAUCUUCUAUAAUUAUGUAAAUAUUAUUUGUUCAUCGAAUUAGAAGAUUGGAUUGUCCAAGACCACCCUAAAUAUUAUAAUCAAAUACUUCUUAUUAGAAUUAGGAAUAUCAAAAAAAAAAAUUAUAUUAUUAUAAUAAUAAAUUGCCUGAUGUUAA